AUGUAUGUGACACUGCGAAUGUUGAUCGCAAUUUCCAAGCACUUUGGAUGGCCCAUCGACCAGUUUGAUGUGUUGACGGCUUUCCUGUAUGGCGUCAUGGAGAAACAAGUGUUCUAUGUGAUUCCUGAAGGCGUUAAACUUGUUAGUACGUUUGACUGUCUGGAAUUGGUGAAGUCAAUUUACGGCCUCAAGAAAGCGUCGCGAGUGUGGAAUGAAACGUUCGACGAGUUUGUGUGCUCCAUUGGAUUUCAAGUAUCGGACUUCGACCCAUGUCUCUACAUCAAGACUUCGGACGACCAUUGUGUGUAUGUACUGGUCUACGUGGACGACGUUUUGGUGACUGGAAGCUCGCUCGAGCUAAUUGCACGAGCCAAGAACGACUUGUAG